UAACUCUGCAUAGAGAUCUCCUCACGUCGGCCGUCGAUAGACAGAGUACCUGGUCGUCUUGGGGAGGGAUGGUCUUCCUAGCUGUUACGUUGUUCUGUACCUCGAACCAAGCGUAGAAGUCGUUCAGCGUGUCUGGGAGGGAGGCAUCACUAUCACAGGCAGGUAAAGCGGUCUUGUAGUUCGUGAUCAGAAAUGGAACAUAGUGAAAUCCUAGUCAUCAUAAGUGAACAGCACGUACAGGAGUGUAGAGUUACAAAAUGUUCUCUUUUCGGUGUAGAUGGAUAGACAGAUUUUUGUUAAAUGGAGGUUAUUGUUUUGAAACAUUCUAAUAAGCAGCAUCUUGCGUAAGCGUUCGUUAAAUGGAAAGACAGGAAGCAAAGCGUGCCUGAAUGUCCCACAGGAGCGUCUGCUUCAGGACAAGAAGAACGUUCCGUUUGUUUUUAUUAGAAUUUGUAAAUAUAAAUGACGUCUUUUUUCCCCGACUGCCCCUUUUUUGGGGGGGAUUGUUCUAGGGUCCUUUUUUAAUUUGAACAUUAAAAAACAUACCGUGUACAAAUCCUUGUUCGUUUGGUUUUGUUUUUUUACUUCGAAGUCCCAAACGUCCACAUUUCUUCAGUAUUCUUUGUAUUUGCUGGCUGCUGUGAAAGCCUCAGGAAGAAAAGAGAGAGAGGUAAAAAUAUGAAAUGUUGGACUUCUUUUCAGCUUAUUGAUUGCCUGACUUCCACAACCCCACCCCUUACCCCCACCGCUCCCCCUUACCCCCCACCCCUCCAAAAAGGCUGAAUACAUAAUCAAUGAUGAAUGGGACUCAGUAAUUUUAGCUGCAGGUAAUGGCCACUUUACAGAGCAGACAGAAUGUUUCUGCCGUCAGAGACCAUAAAUCAACUGCUUCCUUAAUCAGAGAGCAAAGAGGGUCCUGCAAGAGGAGACAGAAUACGACUCCACAGCGUCUCGGAAAGGAGUGAUGAAUGUAGAGGAGGAGUGGGAGGGAGGAAGAGUGAACACUUUGUGCUGUUAGUGAAGCGUGCAGUAGGCAGGCUGAUGGUAAUGUGAGGGAAGGCGCUGUGUGUGUGGCUCCGUCCCAAUCCCACACAUACGCUCUUAAGACUUGCCAAGUGCACUUGGAUUUCUGUCAUUUAUCAUAAAGCUGCAGAUUUGCUGAGACCUCGAGGUUGUCGCGGGACCUUCAGGAACCUGACCUCUGACCUGUGGACAGCGUGGGGUCUGGAUCACUCCAGGAUCAAUCAGACCUAGAGCAAGAAUGACAGAGACACGAAAAAUUGCGAGAGCUAAACUGGUGCUGCUGGGACGAGAGAACUGUGGAAAGACGGCUCUGUGUGUGAGAUUCAUCACCAAGCGCUUCAUUGGGGAGUAUGACCAUAAAAAGGAGGUGACGUACAGGUGCCGCAAAGUAGUGGACAAGGAAGCGAUUGACUUGGAGAUUUUAGACACAGUUAACAAGGAGUGUGUUGCACCCGGCGCCACCUCUCUGGAGAGCUCUAUUAAAUGGGCCGAUGGAUUUCUGAUUGUGUAUUCAGUGACGGACCGCAGCAGCUUUGAGGCUGUUGCGCGCCUCAAGAGGCUCAUUGAUCACAUCAGACAGAGCCUGGGAAUCCCCACAGUGAUUGUAGCAAAUAAGAAUGACAUGGAAAAUGGACGUGCUGUUAGGACAGAAGAAGGACAGGCUUUGGCCAGAGACCUGAGGUGUAGUUUUUUCGAGCUCUCCGUAGCAGAGUGCUCCUCAGCGGUGGAGGCAGCCUUCAGCCAGCUGAUCCGCGAGGUUCGAGUGGAGUUCCAUCGCCACCUGUUAGCCAUGGACAAGCGUUCACGUGUGCUUCAGAUGAGACAUGCGCUGAAGAAUAAACUCACACGCAGCAAAACCAUGCAGUGGUGAUGCAGUUCUGAAGGUGUUCUGAUAUCCAGGUGUGCUGAAUACCCUCAGUCCAUCAGUCAGGAGAAGGACGGGAACUGUUGAACAUCCUAAUAAUGACUGGGUGAUGGGAAAAUUCCAUGCAUUUACACAAUUAGUUGACAGUUUAUUAGGAACACCUAACCUAUACCUUUACCAUAUAGAUGCACUUUUCUACACUGACAACCAGUGGAAAGUGACCCGACCACCACUGGACCACCUUUGAGCAAUUCUGAGGGAAUUAUAAGGACACAUAAUAGUCAUAUAUGUGCUUAAGGUGUCCUUUAUACAGUAAAAAUGAUUUAGUGCCAACAAGUCAAGAUGCUAAUCUGAGCUGUAGGGAAGAUAAAACACACACACACACACACACACACACACACACACACACACACACACACACACACACAGCCAUACUGGGAGAUUCUGAACCUCCCAGUUAAGGGACACAACCAAUAAAAUCCUUGCCAUCCUGUUGAGGAAGGUGUCUGAAAGUAAAACACUCACUCCAGGGAAAUUUCAGGCCCCAGAAGUGGAAAUGCUGUAUUAAAGCUUUCACAGCUGUAUUUUA